AUGACUACGGCAAACAAACCUCAUCAGGGUAGAUUUCGCUAUCUGACCCGUGGAAGUCAGCCGACUCCAAGCAAGGAAGCCUAUCUGCUCCCAUCACUGUCCGAGUUUGGUGAUAUUGUCACUCUACCCUUGACAGACCUUCGUCCAUCCUUGGACCUUGGACAAGACUCGCCGUACAAACUUGAUGUUCAUGGUUUUACUGCCCGUCGACAUGAUUCAGCUUUGCACUCGACCCCUUACAGUCGAGCAAGUUGGAACAAUGAGAAACUUCUUCGUCAAAUCUACUUUCCAGAAGUAGAAGAGUUUGUCAAGAGCGUGACAGGAUGCAAGAAGGCUGUAGUAUCCGCUGCAGUUGUCAGAAACCGCUUGUACAGCGAGGGUGAUGACUCAGCCCCUGCCGAAGAGGAGGCUGACACACAGCCCUCUGGCUCGGAGGACACGUCUCAUUUGUUCCCACCAAUCUUUGGAAAUUCUGUAAAGGAUGGCGUAUGCCCAGCUCCCAAGGUGCAUUUGGACUGUACACCCAAGGGAGCCAGGCACCAUAUUCGCCGUUAUCACAGCGAAGUUGCUCUCGCAGCUGAGAAGGUCAUUGAGGCCGAAAACCGUUUGCUUGAGUCUGGCGUUGAAUGGAACGACCUCAAGGAUCACAGUGGCAAGGUUCCUCACUUCGCGCUAUUCUCCAUCUGGCGACCUUUGAAGACUGUCCACCGCGACCCUCUGGCUUUGUCUUCAGCUGCUUCGUUCCCUGUAUCUGAUUACGUGCCCUGCGACCAGCGUGAGCCCACCGACCACAACAUUCCCUCUCACUUAUACCGCAUCGUUGGUAGAGACGAGGAAAACAUUGACAAGAAUGAUGAUACGUACCAGACUCAAAGUUAUCUGGCUUACGCCCCGCGAGAUGCAGAAAAGACAUCGCAUGCCUGGCACUAUAUCUCAGAACAACAACCUUCUGAUGUUUUGGUGAUUCAAUUGUUUGACAACGAGAUGGAAGCGCAUGCAAGAGCACCUUUGGAGGGUGGCAAGGGCAAGUCGGAUCUUGGAGUGGGAGGAGCUGUUCACAGUGCUUUUGAGCUGGUGGACCAGGAUGAGAAGGCAGAAGCUAGAGAGAGCAUUGAGGUUCGCGUUGCAGCGUUCUGGUGA